CCAGGGGGACCCGCCCACGGGCGCGCCGGCGGACCCGCACCGACAGGCAGGCGGGCAGGCCCAGCGAGCCGGGGUCAGGAUGGUUUCGAUCCCAGAAUACUACGAAGGGAAGUCUAUCCUCCUCACUGGAGCUACCGGCUUCUUGGGGAAGGUGCUUCUGGAGAAGUUAUUGAGAUCGUGUCCUCAGGUGAAGUCCGUGUACGUGUUGGUGAGGCAGAAAGCCGGGCAAACCCCUCAAGAGCGAGUGGAGGAGUUACUCAGCGGUAAGCUCUUUGACAGAUUGAAAGAUGAAAAUCCCGAAUUUAAAGAGAAAAUCAUAGCAGUCAACAGUGAACUCACGCAACCCAAACUGGCUCUUAGCGAAGAAGAUCAAGAGACCAUCAUCGAUUCUGUUAAUAUUAUAUUCCACUGCGCUGCCACCGUCCGAUUCAAUGAAUCCCUUAGAGACGCCGUUCAGUUAAACGUGAUUGCAACCCGCCAGCUCGUCCUUCUCGCCCAGCAAAUAAAGAACCUGGAAGUGUUCAUGCACGUAUCCACGGCUUACGCGUACUGCAACAGGAAACACAUCGACGAAGUCGUCUACCCUCCCCCGGUGGACCCCAAGAAACUCAUCGAUUCUCUAGAAUGGAUGGACGACGGCCUGGUUAACGAUAUCACUCCCAAACUGAUAGGCGACCGACCCAACACGUAUAUUUACACCAAAGCCUUGGCGGAGUACGUCGUUCAGCAGGAAGGGGCUAAACUCAACGUGGCCAUCGUGAGGCCAUCAAUCGUCGGAGCCAGUUGGAAGGAGCCAUUCCCGGGCUGGAUCGAUAACUUCAACGGACCCAGUGGCCUCUUCAUUGCUGCAGGGAAAGGAAUCCUUCGAACAAUGCGCGCUUCCAACAGUGCCCUCGCCGAUCUCGUUCCCGUGGAUAUUGUGGUGAACACCAGCCUAGCAGCGGCCUGGUAUUCUGGAGUUAAUAGGUAUACCAGACCAAGAAACAUCAUGGUGUAUAACUGUACGACGGGCAGCACCAAUCCUUUCCACUGGGGUGAAGUUGGGAAUUAUGUAAAUGUGUUCUUCAAGCUGAAUCCUUUAAACCAGGUGUUCAGACGCCCCAAUAUUAAGUUCUAUUCCAACACCCUCUUGAUUCAUUAUUGGAAGGGAGUCAGACAUAUAAUACCCGCCUUACUGCUCGAUCUUGUCCUCAGGUUGACAGGUCAGAAACCGCGGAUGAUGAAAACAAUAACUCGUCUUCAUAAGGCAAUGGUGUUCCUAGAGUACUUCACAAGCAACUCUUGGGUGUGGAAUACUGAUAAUGUCAAUAUGUUAAUGAACCAACUGAACCCCGAAGAUAAAAAGACAUUUAAUAUUGAUGUGCGACAGUUGCACUGGGCAGAAUAUAUAGAAAACUACUGUAUGGGAACUAAGAAAUAUGUGUUGAAUGAAGAAAUGUCUGGUCUCCCCGCAGCUAGAAAACACCUGAACAAGUUGCGGAACAUCCGUUACGGCUUCAAUACUAUCCUUGUGAUCCUGAUCUGGCGUAUUUUUAUUGCGAGAUCACAAAUGGCACGAAACAUCUGGUACUUUGUGGUUAGUCUGUGUUACAAGUUUCUGUCCUACUUCCGAGCAUCCAGCACUAUGAGAUACUGAAGAAGAGAAUUUAGCAUUAGGACAUCUAUGCAUUUAGUGGUCUAACUGCACAAAAACCUGUAAACUGUACUUAGUCAUCUCAUGUUUUGUCAAGACAUUAAACCAUCUUAGUUCUGAGGUGUGAAGUAAAUUACAGUACAAUGUAUGUAACCUAGAAAUGUGUAUUCUCCUGAAGACCUAGAAGAUGUAAACAGGUGGAUUGCCUGAAUUAGCCAAGAAUCUGGUGAGAACCCCAAAGCCACGGUUUAACAUUUGACCUGGGUAGAAAAGCGAAAAGAGAAAAGGAAAGCAAGUAAAGACCGCUGACCAGUUUAACUGUGCAAUCCUGGAACACGUUAACGAGAAUCCGUUUUAACGUAGUGAAUUUCUAAGUGUCGUUUUCCGUGCUGUGGGAACGCUCGAUUGGACAUAACUGUCGGUUUAGUUGGGUGUCCUAAUGUUUUGAUUCCUUCAUAACUGAACGAAAGGGUUUUUAGUCUGGUUAAAAUCCCAUCUGAACUGAUGGUGCCCUUUUUUUUUUCUCCCAUAAGCUACCAUCGGCUCUCAAACACGACUGCCCUUUUCUCAUUUUCUCCAUAUUUGUUUGUCCAAUGAUAGAUAUGUUGUAAUCACUUCCACGUUUCAGUUGUGCCUUUGCAAUUGAAAGUCUGCUUAGUCUAUUCCAAAUGCACUAUUGGACUUCAGUGGGUUUCAGAACCCAGGCCUCCUGUUGGGUUUUCCUUGUUUUUAAAAAAAGAACUAGUAAAAUAAACUUAACUGAGGGGUUUUAACAUUAGAGUAAAUAGAGAUGCCAGCUGUUAAGCUUUCUCUUUUUCAAACGAUCAUGCAAUUAGAACCAACCCUGAGGGGUGUGAUUUAUCUUUCGAAGCAUAUGAGGAUUUCUUGAGAAACGUCACUGGAACUGUCCCCACGUCUUUGGCGUCCCUGUUUAUAAAAACAAAGCAAAGCUCCAGUCCCAGAAUCUUUAAAGGCCACUCUUUCCAACGACAGCCGGAGUGUGCAUUUUACAAAAGAAGAAUGAAUUUGCAUACAGUAAUACCGUCUUCAAAACAAAAAAAUUGUCCAGCAUGUAAGCACAUAACUAAUUUUAAAACAAACUGACUUUCUUCAAGAAAAGUGACUAAUGCUUCAAAAAUGACGUGUGUUAAAUCAAAUAAAGGCCUUUAUUAAUAUUCCACUAUUAGUAGCAAGCUGUUGACUGAAGUUGAAGAUCCCGCCUAAUUUCUUCUGCAUGUGACUUUAGCUUUAGGAAAAAAAUGCAAAGGUAAUACAUACUUGUGGAAAGAAAAAGGUGGGUUAUAUUUUUAAUGACCCAUUAUGAAUUCCCUUAAAUAUCCCUCAAAUUUUGCAUCGUAUGGCUUUAGAAUUCCAUCUUAUUUAACAGACGGUCCUCCGUAACCCUGAUGAAAGUGUUUUGAAUUAAGAUGAUCAAGUUGUACGUACUGUACUUAAAUCAUCAUCAGCGUGUCUUUAAACAUAUCUACAGAGGAAAUUUGCCAUAGAAAAGAUGAGGUGCAACUAGGUACACUUGGAUAUUUUCUUUGUCAGUUCAUAUACUCUGUGUAUAAAAAGCUUAUUUUGUUAUUGUUGUGAAAAGGAUCUAUAAUGGAAAAUACCUUUAUGGAGGUGUAGAACUCAUUUGGGGGAAAAAAACGCUUCUGAGUCGAAGCUAAACUUUCUGUAGUAAAGACUAUAACCAUGUUACACUCCUUUUAAGACACCCUGCGUAUAUUCUUGGAAAUGUUGCUCUAAAUUCUCUGGUCCAGGACCACAGCCUCAACUGGGUGUGCGAGACCAUUGGAUGCUGGCUAAAAAUGGAAUAAAUAAAUGAUGGCUCCUUUUGAUUUUUUUUUGAAGUGCUCCAUGCAGUUAAUGUUCCUACUCUGAGGCGAUAAACGGCCUCCCCAAAUACCCUCCCGAAUUGGAUCGGAAAUUAACUGUGGCUGAAAUGUAGACUGCAGAACGUGCCUCGAACCAGGCCCAUCAUGUGUCCAACUUGCGUGUGAAUUUGCGGGGAGCUUCUACUGUUGUAUGGUACUCUCCCAAGCGCUCAGUGCAGUGCUCUGCUCACAGUAAGCACUCAAUAAAUAUGAAUGAUUAAUUGGCAGGACUGCGAAAUGUAUCGAAGAGGGUACGCGCGCCGUGUGUGUGUAUGUUGGUGUUGAGUGACUGCAUUAUUCUCCACGUAGCCUCAUUUUUUUUAAUUUUUUUUUUAAACUCCCCAAUUCCUUUAUCGUGCAGCCGGGAGGAUAUACUGAAGUCACCAAACUCACUUCUCUCGUUCUGAAUGCCGCUCCGUAGAGAAAGCUAUCGAGUAAAUUAGUCGUGCGCACGUACAUCGUUGUGAAACCUAAAGAGCCGUUACUCUUUCAACCUCGUAAACUUUUGACACUUUCAGAUCCGACCCGAACCUUCGUAAAGGUUUUGGAAACUCCAGCCCUCUGUACCGUGGGGCUGGUUGGAGGUGGACUUGGGUUUUCAUGUUAAUUUCUCCCCGAACCUGAGCGCCUGGAAUUCCUACCACGGUCGGUCAGGGCAGAUUUGAGAAAUCGUCGGUUUCAUGUGAGCGGCGCGGCCCUGUCAGUUGGUUUCCAGCCAGGGUCCUGUGAUAGUGGUGAUUGCAGGUGUUCCUUGUUUGGAACAUUCUCAGUGUCAUUGUAACCUGCCAGAUCAGUAGGGACCCCGCGACGCUGCUCUGUCCUUUAACUCCUAAAAGAAAGCACACCGAAACCUUAUCUGCUGAGUAGGAAUGUUAAUUUUGGAAUAAACAGCCAUUGAACAUGUAUGCUAAAGCUCGGGACCAGGGAAAUGUGCAUUCAUCAUUCUGUGUCCUUACACCUUUCCCCUUGCGCUCCCCUGUUUCAGGAACCAUUCUUCUCAAAGCAAAAUGGAACUCCGUCAUUUUUUCUAAGAUUUAAAUAGAAGCGUUUAUUGGGUGCCUUUGUUUGUAAACCAAAAAUAAUAAAUGAAUCCCUAGAA